AUGCCUACUCCAUCUGAUUCUAACUCCUCGGGUAAAGCUAGGAGAAAAAGUAGAUUUGAUGACCCUAACCCAGUAAAAAGGUCUGGAUUUUCCGAUUCAAAAAACGCUUCCAGCAACGUUCAACCCAAUUUUAAUUUACAAAAUGUCACAACCCCUAGUAAUAAUUUAAAUAAUUUACAACAAAAUGUAACUUUGCAAACCAUGGGAUUCCAACCUCAAAUCCUUCCACCCUUUGUUCCACCAUCUGGUUUCCAACCUUUUCCUCCAUUCCAAAUUCCUAAUCAGAACCCUGUUUUUCCAGUUGUUCCAGUCCAAUUAUCGCAUUUUAACCCACCAAAUGACCCCAAUUUAAAUGGAGUUGAUAAUAAGUUUGAUUUGGAUACCUGCAAUGUGGGUGUUAUGGCAAGUAUUUUGAUUGAAAGUCGUGAUAAAAUGAGAGAUUUUGUACCAUAUAAAGAAUUUGAAGAUUUAGACAAAAUAGGUGGCAAAAAGGAAGAUGAGCCAGUGCAAAAUUUAACACUUACUCAGAGAAAUAAAGUGGAGGAUUUUUACGAUGAAUUGGAAGAAAUUUUUGAACAGUAUAGAUCAGAAAUACACCCUGAAGACCCUAGUCUUAACUAUUCUAGAAGGCGAAAGUUUAAUUUUAGCAAACAGACAAAUCAACAGCCUAAGAUACUCAGCCAAGAUGAUCUAAUAAACCCGGCAAAGAGGGACUAUUACGCGUCAGAAUUUUAUUCAAAUACUGCCAAAGAAAACCCAGGAUUAGGCUGCGGCGACGAUAUGUUUGAGACCUUUAGGAGAAAACGUUCUACUAAAUAUCACGAAGACUAUGCCAUUAGAGAGGCUGUAAGAAAGGACCCAAACUGCAUUGUAGUGUCUCCUGGAGAAGUGUGUUAUCCAUGUAACAUUUAA